GUGUAUGCGUGUGUACGUGUACGUGUGUACUGCAUGAAUAUACAUUAGUGUAAUCUUUCACUGGAAAAAUGGCGUCCGGAAAUUAUUUUGGUUUUACCCAUGGUGGAACGCAGUAUAGCCAACCCCAGGCUACAACGUAUACUGCUCAGCAUGCUACAGCUGCAGCUGCGGCCCAGGGAACUGCACAGCUGUUUCCUGCCCAGGCUACCCACCCAACGGCUGCUGCUGUCUAUGCAUCUACAGCAACACCUCGACAGACGCAAACAGCCUCUUAUGACACCACUUAUGCUACAACUCAACAAGCUGGUGGUUAUGGAUACAGCACUCCCCAGCGUCAGGACCCAACCCCUGCUCGUCAAACCACGCAGACGUAUCAGGAUAGCACUGGAUAUGCAGGUUUUGAACAAACGCAAAGUACAGGAGCAUUCCAAAAGCAGACCUACUACCAAGCCCAAACUCAGCAACACACCAACGAAUCCUACUUUUCUCAAAGAGGAAAAAUGGCUGGAGGGAAGACAGGUUCUGUGUACACAUCUGGAGGUGGGUCAGGGUAUGGUGGAGGACAUCAAUCAAUGACUCAGAAACAAACCCAACCAAAGGUUGCACCUGUUGUAACUUAUGCCUAUGCCGCUCAGACUACAGCCCCAACCUAUGCUACAACCUCUUCAUCAUCCUACUCUGGCCAAUCCAAGUAUAGCGGAGGUGGUGGUGGCAACAGCAGUGGAGGCGGCGGCGGUGGUGGUGGUAACAACCAAUAUUCUAGCUAUGAUGCUGCUAUUUACUCUGCAGCUACCAACUACUACCAGCAGCAACAGUCUGUCAAGAUGGGUAACCAGUGGGGUGGUGGUGGAUAUAAGGGUAUGAAGAAAGGAUUUCAACAUGGUAACAAAGGACCUGGUAUGAAGGAGACCAAAGCACCACCUCAGCCUACCCAGAUUCAUUAUUGUGAUGUCUGCAAGAUCAGUUGUGCUGGCCCUCGGACCUACAAGGAGCAUUUAGAAGGUCAGAAGCACAAGAAGAAAGAAUUGGCAAGCAAGACUGGGACCAUUGUCAACCUGCCUAGCAGCAGGUCUGGGGUUCAAGCCUACCGUUGUGAACUCUGUGAUGUCUCCUGCACUGGGUUAGAUGCAUACAAUGCACAUAUCAGAGGAUCUAAGCAUCAGAAGGUACACAAGCUACACACCAAACUAGGAAAACCUAUCCCAUCAUCAGAACCAGUCAAGAUAGGAAACCAGGCCACUGCUGGUACCAAUAGCACCGCUGGAACCGGAAAGACCCAGACCACUCCUUCUAAGGCUGCUGCUAAACCAGCUCAACCUGUCAAGAAGAUGGUCACACCAAAGAUCACCUUUGUUGGUGGCUCUAAGUUGGCUACUACUGGUGAUGGUGAAAAGAAGAAUGAACAGAAACCUGCUGCUGCUACUCCAGCUUCUAAGGCCACUACACCUACUACUGGAUCUAAUACUGAGGAGAAGGAAGAUGUUGACAUGGAGAAGGAUAUCUUACCAGUCGGUGAGGACUACAUUGAGGAAUUAAAGAAUGAGGAAGGCAAACUGGUGAGCUUCAACUGUAAGCUAUGUGAAUGUCAGUUUAACGAUCCUAAUGCCAAAGAGAUGCACAUGAAAGGACGUAGACAUCGUCUUCAGUACAAGAAGAAAGUUGAUCCCAGUUAUCCAGUCGAUAUCAAGCCUUCUGCGCGAUCCCGCAAACUCCAGGAAGAGAAAUUGAGACGCCAGAUGGCUAAGGAGGAGUUCAUGAGACAAAGACAAGAGGAAUUCCAAUGGAGGGAGGAGAUGAGGCGUUAUGAAGAGGAUAUGUAUUGGAGACGUAUGGAAGAGGAGCGUUACUGGGAGGAACGCAGACGCUUUGAACAGGAGAUGGAGUACUUUGAAUGGCAGCGUCGUCGUGGUGUCCAUCUGCCCCGCCCCCUGCCACCCAAACCACCUGUGCCAGCAGAUGGUCCGGUCAUGCAGGUCAAGCGUUCUGAGACUGAGAUUGACCGUCAUGUCAUGUCCAAGCAUGGCUCUAUCUAUCCCACUGAACAGGAGCUUCAGCUUGUACAAAACAUGGUAUCCCAGAUGGAGAAGGCAUUGAAAGGAGUAUCUGAUCACAUUGCUGAAGAGGAUAAUCCUACACCACCUACUGCAGCAGAAGAAACCAAAGUAACUGUCAAGACUGAACCAGCAAUUAAAGAUGGUACAGCUCCUACUACUCCUGACAAGAAAGAAGAAUCAGACAAGGAUCCAGUGAUGCCACCCCGUGUAUUGAAGGGAGUGAUGCGUGUUGGAGUUCUAGCUAAAGGCUUGUUGCUCAGAGGUGCUCUUAACAUGGGACUAGUUGUACUGUGUUCUGAGAAACCAACUCGUACUCUACUUGAACGCAUCGCCAACCUCAUUCCAAAGCAUCUACAGGAUAUCACUGAAGAGAAAUAUGAGAUCAGAUUGUGUGUGGAGGAAGCAGGGUUGAUUGUGACCAAGGAACCAGCUAUGACCAUGAAGAUAUCACUGACCUCUCCAGCCUUCAGAGAUCAACCAUCACCGGAUGCAGCAGAUUCAUCUCGAGACCCUCCGGACGUCCUGUGCAGGCAAAAAUGCCUAGAGGCUCUGGCCGCUUUACGACAUGCUAAAUGGUUCCAGGCUAGAGCUGGUGGUCUUCAGUCCUGUGUUGUUAUCAUCCGAGUUCUACGGGAUCUCUGUGAGCGUGUACCUACCUGGGCACCCCUACGAGGAUGGCCCCUAGAGUUGUUGUGUGAGAGGGUGAUUGCUAGUGCUGGUCAGCCCCUCAGUCCUGGGGAUGCUCUUAGACGAGUCUUUGAAGCUGUUGCUGGAGGAUUGCUCCUACCAGGAGGACCAGGAUUGUUUGAUCCAUGUGAGAAGGAUGAAGCUGAUGCAUUAGCUCACCUAGCUCCUCAAGAAUGUGAAGAUAUUACAGCUAGUGCACAGCAUGCUCUGCGUCUGAUCGUUUUCCGUCAAGUCCAUAAGGUGCUUGCUAUGGAACCCAUGUACUCCCAGAACAGAAACUUCAACCGUAACCGACGUGGCAACCGCAAGCGUCGUCGUGAGGAUACAGAAGGCACUGAGAAUGGAGAUGCGGAGGGUAAGAAGGAUAAGAAAGAAGGAGAUACUACUACCAGCAUGGAGACAGGUGUGCCAGAGGGAACUGGUACAGAAUAGGAUCAAUAUUGAGGGGUAAUACUUUGCACCCCUACCACACCCUUCUCACAUUGAAGGAUGAUUCAUCAAGGAAAGGAUUCCAUCUGUUCUGCUAGAUUACUGAUAUAUUUCCUACUAUUGCCACUUCAAAAGCUUUUAUUCAUGUGAAGUUCCUGUGUAGAUAUUUGAUUUUCUUCAUUUGUUGUGGAAAAGCUACUUCAACACACUUGUAGGUUUAUUUCUCAUUAUGAAUGUUAAUGUUAAAAAGUUGUGUAGUUGUACAAUUUUAUCAGCUGGUUUUUAGAGAAUGUUAAUGUGUUAUGAAAAGGACAAGCAUCUUAGUUAUAUCACUAAAACUGUAAUGUAACACCUCCACAUAUUUCAAACUGUACAUAGCAUCACUGUAACCUUGCACAGAAUCACUGAUCUUUGAAAUUCGUAAGUAUGAU